AUGCGAUUUUCAGGGACGAUCGUCAUGGGCAAACCUAAAGACCAAGAGGGAUGGAUCUUUGGCUGCUCAGCUGCGAGGAAAUACAUAUAUAGCCGACUCGUUCUUCAAAAAGGUGGUCUGUGGGAUAUCCAGCAUUCGAUUUCCCCCGCUUGAGAUAGUGCUUGUUGCGAGUCUGGCGCUGUCAAUAUGUAUCUCGACACACCUUUGCAGACGCCGCGCAAAGCGAAGAUCUUGAUGCUUCACGGCACAGGACAAUCCGCCCACACCUUCCAGAGCAAGAUGCGGUAUCUCCACGAGCCCAUCGCGCGAGCCCUCUCCGCCACCUCCAUGCAGCAUGAGAGCCUCUAUCCCGGGGGCGUGGAGUUCUUCUAUCUGGACGGCCCGAUCCCUGCCUCCUCGAUCGACGCCUGCGACGAAACCUACAUGAAGCCCAACCGACUGCCCGACAGCUGGCUCUGGGGCUACGGCGACCCCGAGACCUCCGAGCUCAAGGGCCUCGAGCACACCUGGAAGCGGCUGGCGAAUGUCCUGACGGAACACGGGCCGUUCGUCGGCGUCAUCGGCUUCUCCGCCGGGGCCGCGUGGUCCGUCAUCCUGACUGCCUUGCUGGAGCAGAACAGGAAGAACCCUUACUUCCAAGUUAACCACCCACCCAUGCACUUCUGCAUCGCCUUCUCGGCCUUCAUGUUCGAGCACCGCACGUACGAGUGGAUCUACGCGCGGCGGAUCCAGACACCCGUGCUGCACUUCAUCGCCGCCCUCGACACCUGGGUCUCGGAGCGUCAGUCGCUGAAGCUGGUCGGGCGGUGCGCCAACGCGCAGGUGGAGUACUUCCAGGGGUCGCACUACAUCCCCCGCGGACCGCGGAUCAGGGAACUGGUGACCAGGUUUAUUCGGAGGACGGGCGGUGGGGUGGGCGAGGUGGACGGGGGCUGCAUUGGCGUAUAG